CAGAGAAGGCCCGGGAGCGCUACGACAAGGCCACCAUGAAGCUCCACAACCUGCACAACCAGUACGUGCUGGCGGUGCGGAGCGCCCAGCUGCACCAGGCGCACUACCACGACACGGCGCUGCCUCUGCUGCUGGACUCCCUGCAGAAGAUGCAGGAAGAGAUGAUCAGCGCUCUGAAGGGGAUCCUGGAGGAGUACUGUGAGAUCACCAGCCUGUUGACAGACGAGAUCGUGAAGGUUCACAAGGAGAUCCACACCUCCAUCGACCAGAUCGACCCCGUGUCCGAAUACGAGCACUUCAUCGAGAUCUACAAGUCUCCAGAAACCACCAAAGAGCCGAAUGUAGAGUUUGAUGUUUCCCUGCUGGAGGAAACGGAGAAUCUUCAACCCAACGAGAUCUUGUGGAACAAUCUGACUGCGGACAGUUUACAAGCCAUGCUGAAGUGCACCUCAGAGGAGCUGGUUCUGACCCAGCACAGCCUGCGCAUCAAGGAGGAACUCAUGCAGGACUUGGAGAACAAGAUCCAGGAGUCAUCCCAGACCUGUGAACGGAAAUCUGAUGCGGUGCUGCUCCUCAGUCAGAAGCAGUCUCUGGAGGAGCUGAGGCAGACGGUGCAGCUGCUGCGCUGCUCCGAGGCCAAGCUGAGCGCCCAGAGGGACCUGCUUCACCACAAGAUGCAGGAGAACGAGGGCAAGGACCCGCCCCCCGUGGUCAACUACGAGGACGACGCGCGCUCCGUCAACUCCAUGGUCAGUGACAAAAGUCGAGUUUCAAAGCUGGACACCCUGCGUCACUCCAUCGCGUCUGUCAUCCGCUCUCCCAAGUCAAUGCUGGGCUCGUCCUCGUUCUUCGACGUGAUCCCCACCAGUGAGAAGCCCCUGGGGGAGCAGGAGUGGUACCACGGGGCCAUCCCCAGGACGGAGGCCCAGGAGCUGCUCAAGCAGCAGGGCGACUUCCUGGUCCGCGAGAGCCACGGGAAGCCGGGCGAGUACGUCCUGUCCGUCUUCUCCGACGCGCAGCGACGCCACUUCAUCAUCCAGUUCGCCGAUAAUCAGUAUCGUUUCGAAGGCACUGGUUUCCCCACCAUCCCUCAGCUGAUAGAACAUCACUACACCACCAAGCAGGUCAUCACCAAGAAGUCCGGGGUGGUCCUCCUCAACCCCGUCGUCAAGGACAAGAAAUGGAUCCUGAACCAUGAGGAUGUGAUCCUGGGAGAGCUACUUGGCAAGGGGAACUUCGGCGAGGUGUUCAAAGGAACGUUGCGAGACAAGACGCCCGUGGCCGUGAAGACCUGCAAGGAAGACCUCCCCCAGGAGCUGAAGAUCAAGUUCCUGUCUGAGGCCAGGAUUUUAAAACAGUACGACCACCCCAACAUAGUGAAGUUGAUAGGCGUGUGCACGCAGCGGCAACCCAUCUACAUCGUCAUGGAGCUCGUGCCAGGAGGGGACUUCCUGUCGUUCCUGAGGAAGAAGAAGGACGACCUGAAGACCAAGCAGCUGGUGAAGUUUGCUCUGGAUGCUGCUGCAGGGAUGGCCUACCUGGAAGCCAAGAACUGUAUCCACAGGGACCUGGCUGCCAGGAACUGCCUGGUGGGGGAGAGCAACCUGCUGAAGAUCAGUGACUUUGGGAUGUCCAGGCAGGAGGAUGACGGGAUAUACUCUUCCUCGGGUCUCAAGCAGAUCCCCAUCAAAUGGACCGCUCCCGAGGCCCUCAACUAUGGGAGAUACAGUUCAGAAAGCGACGUCUGGAGCUACGGGAUAUUGCUGUGGGAGACCUUUAGCCUGGGGGUGUGUCCUUACCCCGGAAUGACCAAUCAGCAGGCCCGGGAGCAGGUGGAGAAAGGCUACAGGAUGUCCUGUCCACAGAAAUGUCCAGAGGAGGUUUACAAAGCCAUGCAGAAGUGCUGGGAGUACAAGCCUGAGAACAGGCCCAAGUUCUCUGACCUCCAGAAGGACCUGGCCGCAGUCAAAAAGAAAUAAGCCCCCCAAUGUCAAGCCCUCGCCAGGCAGAGCACGGGGACCUUCUCCCCUGCUGCUGUCCCCAGGACUCCCCCACCCCCCACCCAGAUACCCAGAGAGAGAUGCCCAACAUCAAAGCCUUGAUGCUACUAGUCAUGAUUGUACAGUGCAGUGUGCGUCAAAACGUUUUCUCACACAAAAUAAAUCACUGUUGUUUUUUUUGCCUAUGCAACUGUAUUGAGCCAUUACCAUGGAGAUCGAUGUCUCUGCUUUAGCUUCGUUACUAUAGCUACAGUAUUCCAUUGACCAAAACGCACCCCUCUCCCCAUCGCACAGGAUUCUUUUACAUUAUUACCAUGGUCUGGUGGCUGACAUCAGAGGGAUUGUCUACAGCCAAUUAGAAGCCCAGGAAUUAAUCUAGCGACAGUGAGCGCCUUUUCUGUCAAAAGCCAUUUGAUUUCUUUCACUCAGGCAUUGUCAGGACAACGACACACACACCCUUCCCUAGGAGCAAGGAAAUGCUAAUGAUGUGUGUCAGUCAUGUGACUGUUCCCUGGCCUUUGGGGGCAUUUUGGACCCUACAGUAUAUCUUUUUUAAAUGUAAUUUUAGAUCGAAUUUCAAUUUUAUUCCAUACAUUAAUUCAAUGUCUCCAUCUCUAUAUGUGUUACUGGCUUUAAGUUAACUCUGUAAGGGCAGGUGCAAUUCGUCACCUUUUUAUGUAAAUGUCUUAUUUGAAACGUGAAAGACAUUCCAAUAAGGCCGCCUUAAUUAUAAUUUACCACGAAACAAAUAAUUCAGUUCUUAAGCCCUUUGUUUUUACAGGAAAGUUACAAAUGUUAAUUUAGUAAUCAAUAUUAUUUUACCUUAUGAAUCCUUUUAUUCUCAAGUGUUCGGUGUGCUGCCUGUUAACUUACGUUCUCGUCUGUGACUUCAGUAAAGGUCAUAAUGUAUCACACCUGUAGUAUCAAUCAUGUAUCAUUUACAUGAAAUGUAAAUUCCACGUGUUGGUCAACAACAUUGUUCUGUUGCAUGCCCUUGACUGACUGUUUUCCAGUUUUUAAAACUGACCGUUUUUUUUCGCUCAACUUCCUUGUGGGUUUUUUUACUUUACUUUUUUCUACAUCCGGUUGAUCGUAGUCAUGAACCUAUUGGUAUGUACUGUUGCAUUCACUAUAAACACAGAACAAGAAGACUCUUCCUUCAACAUAGCGUGAGACUCCUCCAUCUCGCCCUGGACUUGUUUCCAUGAAGACAUCAUAGGUGGUUCAGGUAGAACUUUACCCAGGCAAGAUGGCCACCUGCUGGUGUCCGUACUGUCACACCAGGUCCUCUGCUAUGUCCUGUGCCCAUCUCUGUGCCCUGUCACUACCUGGGAGGUGCCGCCUAUUCUCUAUACCAGCCUCCUUCUGCCAUUUGUGCUGCCAGCCCAAACGUGUCUUUGAUAAGCCUCUUCUGUGAAACACCACGUAGAACCAUCAAACACUUAGUACUUGUAUGAAAAUGUUGGAUUUAUCCUGUUUUCAAAUAUCACCAUACUAUGUUUCUCCUCCUGUAUUUUGUAAAUAACUUGUAGAUGUUAUAUUUGGUUUUGUUUUUUUCUACUCUUUUGUUUUUCAAACACUAAUCUGGUGAAAAUGCAACCAUGCAAAAAAAAGCGGAUCACUUUUUCUCUGCACCUCCAAUGGGAAAGCUUCUUCCAAGUGAUGUAUACGAUAAAGAUAACAUGGUCUGUUUUGAAUCUGUAUCUGCAUGAUUGUUUGUACAUUUUCUUAGUUUAUGUAUAAAAGAUUCUGAAUAUCUUCCUCUACCCUGCCUUUAUCAUCUGCCUCAUUUCACAAUGUCAAACUGCCAUGACCUCAUUGUGUACAAACAAGCAACUGCCAUUCAAUGAUGUCAUUGUCAUGGAACCCCUUGAUUGGCAAUUCUGCAUUCCAGACAUGUACCAGACAGUUGUUCAUGUUGUGGUUCUGAACACCAACUGUCAGUUUCUCUCGUAGCAUCUUUCAUUCUUUGAUACAACAGGUGUCCAGUCUUCCAGAAAGGUGCUCUUUUUGUAGAACUACUGGUAGGCUGAAUUCAAGUAAGAUACUCUUGUUUAAACUGCAAAUAAAAACCAAACGUUUAGUAACCGUUAUUUAUUUGAGAAACUAAAAAUGUUUUUGUUUUUUUAAGAGUUCUUUGUGUUUUUGUAUCAUUUUCAGUUUGAUCUCAUCUGAUGUUGGAUUGAAACAUUUGCCAGUGUUUUGGGAGUUGCUUCAAUUUGCCAACACUCAUGUUGACACAGUUCAGAACUGUUAGUAUUUCCACCAUGACUGGAUGAUUCCAGACAGCAGUUAAUAAGCCAAGACUCCUUAUUGUCAGUUCAUCAGUGAACACGUUUAAGAACUUCAGGUUUAAGGGUAUGUCUAGUUGCACCAACCUUCUGAUGAACUUCACAGCAUCCAAGCCAAUCCAUUUCUUUCUUUUCCUAAAACCUUUCCAGAUUUCUGAAGAGAGUUGCUCAGUCCUAAACCUAAAGAGCUGAGGUAUACCCUCUAUUUCGACGGCACUUUUGGUCAUGAUGAUACUCUACCAGUUAGUUUUACAAUGAACAAAGGUCAUGUAGCUUGUGAACAGUGCACUGGAGGGACAUUUAGUAUUCCAGUAUUUGAAUUUGUAGUUGUAUCAGUUGGAGUGUGGUUGAACAGGACAUUCAUUGCUCUGUUUCAUUUCACAUCCAUAUCCUCACGAUGAGUGGGUUUGUCCCUUUAGAUGUCCAAACCUCAUGUUUAUACUGUGUACACGCAAUAAAAACCUUUUUAUUGUU